UCCUGAACGGAACAAUCAAGAUAAUGAAUCUCUUCAUGCAUUAUUAUUCCCUUUUCCCUUUGCUUAUCUUCAUUUUUGUCCUCUACAAAUUCCUAUUCUCAUCUCCCAGAGACACAAAAAACUCCCCACCAUCACCCCCAAAGCUUCCAAUACUUGGACACAUCCUCCAAAUUGGCUCCUACCCCCAUCUCUACUUCCACAAACUAUCCAAGCAAUAUGGUCCGCUCAUCCUACUUCAAUUCGGUUCCGUGCCGGUCCUCGUGGCUUCCUCUUCUGAAACCGCCAGAGAGAUCAUGAAAGACCACGACUUAAUCUUCUCCGACCGCCCCAAAUCCAGCAUUAACGACCGCCUCUUCUACGGCUCCAAGGACGUCGCCUUUGCCCCCUACGGCGAGUAUUGGCGACAAAUGCGAAGCAUUUGCGUUCUCCAUCUUCUCAGCAACAAGAGGGUGCAGUCUUUUCGCAAAGUUAGAGAAGAAGAAACAGAAUUGAUGGUCCAAAAGAUUAAACAAUCAUGCGAUUCCAAUUCUGUGAUAAAUUUGAGUAAUAUUUUUAUUGAGUUGACGAAUGAUAUAGUUUGCAGGGUGGCGUUAGGGCGGAAGUGCAGUGAUGAGCUGCGGAGUAAUGAGAGAAGGGGUAUAAAAUCUUUGUUGGAGGAUGUUUUUGAAAUGCUGGGAAUGUUUGAUAUAGGGGAUUACAUCCCUUGGCUUGCGUGGGUGAAUAGAAUCAAUGGUUUUGAUAGAAGGGUGGAGAAAUUGGGUAAAGAAUUGGAUGAAUUCAUGGAGGAAGUAGUUGAAGAGCACUCGCUUGUGGAGAAACAAGAGGCAGAUGGGUUAGACUUGGUGGACAUUUUGCUUCAACUACAGAGAGAAAAUACUAUUGGCUUCCCCAUUCAUAGAGAUUCUGUGAAAGCUCUAAUCUUGGAUAUGUUUGCAGCAGGAACUCACACAACGUACACAGUUAUUGAAUGGACAAUGACAGAGCUAAUAAAAAAUCCUAGAGUCAUGGAGAAGUUAAAGAAUGAGGUAAGAACAAAAUUCAAAACCGCCGAAGAUUUAGAAACCAUGCAAUACUUGAAAGCAGUCAUAAAGGAAAGUUUUCGGCUCCAUAGUCCUGCACCAUUGCUAGUCCCUCGUAAAGCAUCCCAAGAUGGGAAAGUAAUGGGUUUCCAUGUAGCAGCUGGCACCCUAGUGCUUGUCAACAGUUGGACAAUAGCGAGGGAUCCAACAAUAUGGGAAAAUCCAGAAGAGUUUAAGCCAGAAAGAUUCUUAAAUUCUAAUGUGGAUUAUAAGGGAAUGCAUUUUGAGUUGAUUCCUUUUGGAGCUGGCAGGAGAGGUUGUCCUGGUGUGACUUUUGCGAUUUCUGUGAUUGAGCUUGCAGUUGCUACACUCAUACAUGAUUUUGAUUUUGCAUUGAGAGAUGAAGAGUUGGAUAUGAGUGAAACAAUUGGCAUGACAUGUCACAAGAAGGUUCCUCUUACUGUAAUUGCUACUCUAAGGGUGGGCUAGUAGAGUAUGUAUUUGCCAUAGCAGCGUAUUAAAAAUUUCUAAUUUGGGCAUUCUAAUUGUCUUGUAAUAUUAAUACAAUUGUCUAUUAAGAAAUGAAAUUUUAUUAUUUAUUAAA